AUGGCUGGACGACCCACUCGAUCACUGCCAGGCCGGCCUCCUCUUUUUGGUGCCAUUGAAGACGAUGGAGCCCUGCGCCGACGGUGGAUUGAUGAUCCAAGUGAGCCCGACUGUUUUAUUGAACGAUCUACACUGACCUUCUCUCAGCUUGUGGGUAGAUAUGAAGGCCGAGGAUUCUCAACGCGACGCGUCGACCCCGAUCCCGAUUUCGAAGGACACGUAUUAACGGCGAUCGAGGAACUCGAACGCAAAGAGGUAAUCAGUACCUUCCGUGGGUAUGAGAACUUUGAACUGGACUCUCCUUUGCUAGCCUGGUCAGGAUGCACAGGGUCAGGUGUUAUUAUCAUCGAUCUUAUGCAGCGGUCUCGGAUAGGAGCAAACGUUACCCAUGAGAUGAUGGGUGACGUGCCAAAUGCUUCUUCUAUUGCCCAGGCCUUCUACGAACGGGACUUUGACCUCGACGACCUACGCUGUGUUUUCGUCAAUGACAUCGUGAACAGGAACACUGUAGACUUCUUUCUCGAACAUAUUCAUAACAAGGAAUUUUAUGACGACUUUCCCGGCCAGACCUCUGUGCCUCAGACUUGGGAUCAUGGAUCUCCAGAGUAUGACGGUCUUCUUGGUACUCGCAUAGGGAAGGUCGUCGCAUACUUGGUCCUUGGGGCUUUCAAACGAGGUACCCGUCGGAUUUCACGGAUUGUUACUUACUCAUCUAAAGAGAUAAACACUAUUCAUAUGCGCUUCCAUAUUGAUAUGCGCUUUGAUAUCGAGGCUGUUUGA